AUGGAACAACUGCCGCCGGUGCGCUAUGUGAAGACUGUGUCAAGCUUACGAUCGAUAUUUCAGAAGGCGUUCAACGUGAAGCAACAUUACAUUGCUGCAAAGAUUGUGAACGUUGGCUGCAACCCCCGACCCAGUGGAUCAGUGCAGCCCUGGAGUCACGAGAACUACUUGCUCUCUGUCUGCGCAAGCUUAGAGGACUUUCGAAGGGUGAAAAUUACGAUACAACAGGAGGCAUUCCAGGGUACAAUAUUACAGCAAGCCUUCGAAGUGGAAUAUGUAGUCGCCUCACAGCAGUGUCCAGAAUGCGCCAAGUCAUACACUGUUAAUACAUGGCGUGCGUCGGUCCAAGUCAGGCAAAAAGUACCUCACAAGCGAACAUUCCUCUACCUUGAACAGCUCAUCCUCAAGCACGGAGCUCACAAGGAUACGAUAAACAUAAAGGAAGUUAAAGAUGGCCUAGAUUUCUACUUCUCUGCGCGAAACCAUGCAGAAAAGCUGGUGGAUUUCCUGGCAUCUGUUUCUCCGAUAAGAAUGAAGAAGUCCCAGCAACUGAUUUCAAUGGACAUCCACACCUCUACGAAAUCCUACAAGAUCACAUUCUCCGUGGAGUUGAUACCGAUAUGCAAGGACGACCUCGUUGCUCUUCCCAUAAAGCUUGCCAGGUCGCUCGGGAAUAUCUCUCCACUCACCCUUUGUUACAGGGUUGGCACAUCCCUAAACCUCUUAGAUCCUGCCACUCUCCAGACUGCCGAUAUCCCUGCUCCUAUCUACUGGAGAUCUCCCUUUGCCAGCCUCGCUGAUGUUCAAGAGCUUGUUGAAUACGUUGUCAUGGAUAUCGAAGCUAUUGGCCAAACCAGCGGCCGAUACCAUCUGGCCGAAGCAACCGUCGCCAGAUCUUCUGAUUUGGGGGUGAAUGAUACAACGUAUUUCGCACGCACACAUCUUGGUGGUGUUCUCCACCCGGGAGAUACGGUUAUGGGUUACCAUCUGACCGGAACCAAUUUUAAUAAUACCAAUUUUGAAGAAAUAGAAAGUAGCCAUACCUAUGGCUCUAUGAUCCCUGAUGUGAUGCUGGUAAAGAAACAUUACCCAAGGAAGAAGAAGAACAAGAACCGUAACUGGCGUCUGAAGCGCUUGGAUAGGGAGGAGGAAGAGGAACGACCAUCAAAGAAACAGAGCUCGAACAAACUGGAAGAGGACUUUGAAUUGUUCUUGCGCGACGUUGAAGAGGACGCCGAGCUGCGAAGUACCUUGGCACUUUAUAAAGCAAAGCAUGCGAAGAAAGUGGAGGCAGAUGCUAUGGAGGUGGUGGAAGAGGAGGAUGAGGAUGAAGACGAGGUUCCAAAGAUCAACGUUGAUGAACUACUUGAAGACUUUGAGGAACUCAACGUCGGCGAGUAA